UCCGCUAACUGUGUUGUACAGCAGCUCCUCGUUUUGUCGCUGUAGAUAUUCGAUCCUCAUUUAUCUUUUUCAUAGCUAAAGAAACGCGAUCUUUGCGAUCAAUCCAGAACAACAUUUUGAAUGGUCUAGAGGAAAUUCUGACUGGGAGGGCUGAUUUCAGAAGAUGGCUCUCCACGUGGAAGGACUUGUGGCUAUAGUUAUUUUUUAUAUAGUGAUUCUUCUUGUCGGAAUAUGGGCCGCCUGGAAAAACAAAAAAGCCGGCGACAUGGGAGGUGUCGAUCGAAGUGAGACCAUCAUGGUCGGCGGAAGGGACAUUGGAUUGUUUGUUGGCGGUUUUACUAUGACUGCAACCUGGGUAGGAGGAGGUUACAUCAACGGCACUGCCGAAAAUGUUUACUUGCCAGAUUCGGGUCUGGCGUGGGCGCAGGCGCCGUUCGGCUAUGCUCUUAGUUUGGUGGUGGGUGGCAUGUUCUUUGCCAAACCCAUGCGCUCCAAAGGCUACAUCACUAUGCUGGACCCCUUCCAGCAGCUUUACGGUAAACGGAUGGGAGGUCUCCUCUUCAUCCCAGCACUGAUGGGCGAGAUCUUCUGGUCAGCAGCCAUCUUAUCGGCUUUAGGUGCAACCCUCAGUGUGAUUGUGGACAUAAACAUCAACAUGUCUGUGGUCAUCUCUGCCCUCAUCGCCAUCUUCUACACGCUGGUUGGUGGCCUGUACUCUGUGGCAUAUACAGAUGUAGUCCAGCUGUUCUGCAUCUUUAUAGGGCUGUGGAUCAGUGUGCCAUUUGCAUUGUCCCACCCCGCUGUGUCAGACAUUGGAGUUACUGCUGUGAAUAAAGUCUAUCAGAGACCCUGGCUGGGCAAAAUAGAGGCAUCAGAUAUUUGGAUGUGGAUUGACAACUUCUGCCUUUUGGUGUUGGGGGGCAUUCCCUGGCAGGUGUACUUCCAGCGCGUUCUUUCUGCCUCUUCAGCCACAUACGCCCAGGUGCUCUCCUUCCUAGCGGCGUUCGGCUGCCUGGUCAUGGCCGUGCCUUCGGUCCUGAUAGGAGCCAUAGGGGCCUCUACGGACUGGAACCGGACCUCAUACGGGUCACUGUCACCAACAGAGAAGGAGGAGUCAGAUAUGAUUUUGCCCAUUGUGCUCCAAUAUUUGUGCCCACCCUACAUCUCCUUCUUUGGCCUGGGGGCGGUGUCUGCAGCAGUGAUGUCAUCUGCUGAUUCGUCCAUCCUUUCUGCCAGUUCCAUGUUUGCCCGGAACAUCUAUCAGCUCUCCUUUCGUCAGCUGGCCUCAGACCGUGAAAUCAUCUGGGUCAUGCGGAUUACAAUCUUCGUGUUCGGGGCCCUGGCCACGUCUCUGGCACUGCUGACGGGCACUGUCUAUGGCCUGUGGUACCUGAGCUCCGACCUGGUCUACGUCAUCAUCUUCCCCCAGCUAAUCUGUGUGCUUUUCAUCAAGGCCACAAACACUUAUGGAUCGGUAGCCGGCUACAUCUUUGGCCUGCUCCUCCGCAUCGGCGGUGGGGAGCCAUACCUCAGAGUUCCCCCUUUCAUCUACUAUCCUGGAUGGACCCAGAUGAAAAAGGUGAAUCACCUGACACAUGAAGCUGAGUAUUACAUCAGGCAGAGGUUCCCCUUCAAGACUGUUUCCAUGCUUGCAUCCUUCCUGGGAAACAUUGCCUUUUCAUAUUUGGCAAAGUAUCUGUUUGAAAGUGGGAAGCUUCUACCAAAAUAUGACUUCCUGGAUGGUGUUGUCUCAAAGCACAGCAAGGAGAUCAUGGACAAAACCACAUUAAUGAACAGCGACAAUAUCACCCUGGCAGAGAUGUUCCCAGUGAAAUCACAACUCAGUACUACUCUGGCUGGAACAUUUAUUACUAAAGAGGAAUUAGACGAUAAGGAAACAAGCCCCGAUUCUUCUAACAAUCAAAUUAACUAGAGGUUUCUCAGGGUUUGGACAGAACAUUUUUCGACAAUGACACAGUACAGAUCUUUGAUGUUAGGUAAGUUAAACAAGUAAGUGUGAUAACUAUAUGUAUUAUAUUUGUGUGGGUAAUUGUUUUUAAAUUCUUUUAAGUGCUGCUAUUUUUUGUAAACUAGGAAAUAGAUUUGCGUUUCAAGAACAAUUUAAGAAACUUACUGCAACUGUAUGGAUUGUACUUUAAUGAAAAAGUUUCAAGUCCUAAACUGUAGACAAUAAGGUUUGCCAUAAAAUUGCGGGAUGAACGAAUCAGGCAGUGCCAGACAAUUUGAUGUGGUAGAGACAUGCAAGGUACAAAUCAUUGUAGUGGUAUGGAUCAGAUAGUUACACCUUGGAGCCAUACUUCCUUCACAAACGAACAGAAUGACUUCCUACUAGAUGGCUGUGCAGACUGGCCGAGUUAUAUCACGGGGUCUGUAUCACGGGGUCUCUUUCAUGUGUAAUGCGGACAUGGCAGGUGAGGAGGUGUGGUAUGGAUCACGUAGUGACACACGUAAUUACUGGCUAUCAGAGUUUUAUGUGAAGUUUGGAAGUAUGACUAGGAGAACACAAAAGAUCACAAUCCCUGUGAUUCGUAUGUAAAGUAGAUUGUGGACGUCUUCAAGAUCUAUCAUGAUAUAAAAGUGUCGGCUGUGUCAGAAUUCAGGGACUGCAUCCUUCUAAGGCUGCAAUCGAAGACCGAAUGCGUCACAGCAGUGCGACAAGACUGUCCCAUUUCGAAGGCUCUUUCAAAGGUGGUCUAGAAAUGUGUCUUUUGCCGAGUUGCCAAGGGUCCACCCAAUGGAUCCUUCACAGCCUACCAUAUCCCAAGAUUCAUUAUGCAGAUGUGAAUUGGGUGUGUCCCAGCUAGACGACAGUAGCAGCACUUUAUGACUCAACGCUAUGGGCAGGAACAGCUGGUGACGCAAAUAGGAAAUUAUCCGUGGGCCAGACCAUACCAUUUAACAACACUUUCUGUUCGACCUCUGAUGAACGCUGCAUACAAUGACUACACCUUCGUAGACUGCAUCCUUCGAAAGAUGCGGCCCCUGAAUUAGGACACAGCCGUCAGUUCGCCCACCCUUAGCAUGAGGUUUAAAGUGCUUUGCUCUCUUUCAUUUCACUACCGGUACACCAGACCUAAUUUAACACCUGACCUACGAGUCACACUCCCUGUACACCACAGAAUACUUGUGCACCAUCUCCUCUGAGUGUGAGAUAUGUAAUUGUUUGAAAUGAAGUCAGUUCUGUUUACUGUUUUCUGUGAUAGUUAUUCAGCCUCCUUAUCAAAUAUACUGUCCAAAUGAAAAAUCACAAGAAAGGUAAAAGGAUUUAUCUACAGUGAUGUGUGAUAAUUGUAACAUUAAUGGUGUUUGUUUUUGGCGUUUUCAUAGUGUGAAAUGUGUGUGAUAGUUGAUUAAUCAAUUAAUCUGCCUUGACACUAUACAAAAUGUCAGUGGACUGUGUCAGCCUGCACUGCUACAUUUAAAUGUGAAUAUAAUCAUUUAAAUUCUUAAACUGUAUAGUUUAGUGGUCUGGCUAGGUCAGAAAAUAGUCUGUAUCACAUGUGGCAUUGCAUAUUUAUGUGGCAGAUAGUUUAUGUACUGUAAAUUAAAUGCAAGUAGUGCUAUAUAUCUCUAUUUUUGUGCAGAAAUAAGUGAAAAAAUGUAAGUUGAAUAAACAAUUGCAUAUGUCAAA